GCGAGCGAGCGAGCGGAUGACGUACAGCUGUCAGCUGCACCGAGCUCGCGCUCCGCGUUCACACACAACACGGCGUUAAAACUGGAUUGUCAUCCUAGCGUGUACAGAAACGGAUUCAUUUUAUGUUUUUGUUUGUAUUAGACUCAGUGUUCUACACUUCCUCUAUUGUUUAAAGAAAAAAGAGAUAUACAAAAAAAUUGAAUCGAAGAGAGGACGAGCGGCGCGUGGGAGUGUCAAUGCGAAGCCCCGUUAGCAUAGCACGCCUCCUGUGUUUUGACUUCCGUCUCGACGGCUCCGCUAAGCACGGACGGAGAUGUCGGGCUUUUUGACGCGGUCGUUCGUCGCCUGUAUGGAGUUGAAAUUAAAAUAAAAAGGGGGGAAACCAGGGGGAGGUUAGAGAAGAUAUCUUACUGCAACUGAGUCCGUGCUGAACCCGGUGUCUGGUUGCUGCUAGAUAAGAGAGAGGGAGAGAGGGAGAGAGAGGGAGAGAGGAGGUGAAGCUGUCUAGUUUUUGGUGACACACAUGACUGUUCCGUUAUGGUCGUCUCUCACGUUGAUCUAAAGCUUGACCAUUAGACACAUUUCUCUGGCUGGGAAGGUGAGAUCCUCGCGGCGGUAUUAAUGCUGUCCACAGUCACCCCUGACCUGUCUCCGGAGAGCCCCUUACUUGGCACCCUCCCGCUGCCUCCAGCUCGCUCACGUACCAGCGGCCCCAGCAGCGGCGCCAACACCACCCAUCCGCCUGCCGAGCCGCCUGCGUGGCCACACCGGAAGCGCAGCGGCGAGGCCGGAAGCUGCAGCGCUAGCCCACCUGCCCGCGGCGCCAUGGAGGUGGGUAUGCGCGUGGUGCGCGGAGUCGACUGGAAGUGGGGCAACCAGGACGACGGCGAGGGCCAUGUAGGCACAGUAGUGGAAGUGGGGCGCCAGGGCAGCACCAGCACACCUGACAAGACAGUCGUUGUGCAGUGGGACAGCGGCACUCGCACUAACUAUCGCACCGGCUACCAGGGGGCCUAUGACCUGCUGCUUUAUGACAACGCACAGAUCGGUGUCCGCCACUCGAACAUCAUUUGCGACAGCUGUAAGAAGCACGGCAUUAUGGGAAUGCGUUGGAAAUGCAAGGUGUGCUUCGACUAUGACCUGUGCACACAUUGCUACAUGAACAACAAGCACGACCUCUCGCACGCCUUCGAGCGAUACGAGACCGCGCACUCUCAGCCAGUGAGCUUGGCACCGAGGCAAAACCUGUCACGGAUUAUCCUUAAGGGAAUCUUCCAGGGCGUAAAAGUCGUUCGUGGACCCGACUGGGAUUGGGGCAACCAAGACGGAGGAGAGGGGAAGAUCGGGAAGGUGGUCGAUAUCCGAGGUUGGGACCAAGAGUCCGGCCGCAGCGUGGCCAGCGUCACCUGGUCUAACGGCACAACUAAUGUCUACAGGAUGGGUCACAAGGGCAAGGUGGACCUCAAAUACGUCUCAGACGGCCAAGGAGGCUACUACUACAAGGAGCACCUGCCCAAGCUAGGUGAACAUGCAGAGCUGCAGAGGCAGGAGAGUGCUGAUGGUCACACAUUCCAGCAGGGGGAUAAAGUCAAAUGUCUGCUGGAUGUGGACAUCCUCAGGCAGAUGCAGGAAGGACACGGAGGCUGGAAUCCUAAAAUGGCAGAGUACAUCUGCAGAAUCGGAACAGUGCACAGGAUAACGGAUCGAGGGGACGUCAGAGUCCAGUACAGUAACAACAUACGCUGGACUUUCCACCCAGGCGCUCUGACUAAAGUGAACACGUUUGCAGUAGGUGAGUUGGUGAGGGUACUGGAUGACAUCGAGACUGUGAAGAGGCUACAAGCCGGGCAUGGAGAGUGGACUGACAGUAUGGCACCUGCCCUGGGCCAGGUUGGCAAGGUUUUGAAAGUGUAUGCGGAUGGUGACCUGCGCGUGGCAUUUGGAGGACAAACGUGGACUUUUAACCCUGCGUGUCUCUCGGCUCAGCCGGGCGAGGUGGACGCCAAUCUGAUGACGGCUGACAAUCCAAGCGAAUCAAGAACCACGGUUAUUUCUGUCCUGGAAAAGCUGUUGUCUCAGUCCACGGAGCAGGAUAACCCCGGGCGCCUGGUCAUCGAGGCUGCUCAUGGCAGCGUUGCUAAAGUCCGUGAACUAGUGCAGAAACAUCCAGAUAAGGUGGACAUAAAGAACCAGGGGAAGACAGCACUCCAGGUGGCUGCUCACCAGGGCCAUAUGGAAGUAGUGAAGGUCCUACUGCAGGCCAACAGCAGCAUCGAGGCCAAGGACGAAGACGGAGACGCAGCGCUGCACUACACAGCAUUCGGAAACCAAGCAGAAAUCACCCGCCUGCUCCUGAGCAAAGGGGCCAACGUCAACCUACUGAACAACUCGAUGUGUACGGCGCUCCACAUCUCUGUCAACAAGGGCUUCACCGACGUCGUGAGGGUACUGACCGAGCACUCGGCCGAUGUCAACCUACAGGACUCAUACGGGGACACGCCUCUACACGAUGCCAUCGCUAAGGACUUCAGGAGUAUCAUCGAAAUCCUGACCGUGGUGCGUAACAUUGACUUUACGCAGCAGAACAACCGCGGCUUCAACCUGCUUCACCACGCAGCCCUGAAGGGCAACAAACUUGCGACAGAGAUGAUCCUGGCCCGUGCCCGGCAGCUCGCCGACGUGAAGAAGGAAGAUGGCUUCUCAGCUCUUCACCUGGCUGCUCUCAAUAACCACUACGAGGUGGCCGACAUCCUCAUCAAAGAGGGCCGCUGUGAUGUCAACAUCCGCAAUAACCGCGGUCAGACGCCUCUGCAGCUGGCAGUCACUCAGGGCCACAUGCACCUGGUGGAGCUUCUGGUGAUUGAGGGAGCAAACGUGAAUGCCGAAGAUGAAGAGGGAGACACGGCAAUGCACACGGCCCUCAGCCGCCAGCAACUCGCCACCUCCCUGAGCAGCACAGAGAGAGAUGCCUCGAACCUAUACAGCCGACUGAGUGGCUCAGGGCUGUUGGGAAACACGGAGCUGAAUGUCGGGGCUGCUAUGGCCUGUUUCCUGGCUCAAGAGGGUGCUGAUAUGAACUACGCCAACCAUAAAGGCAAGAGUCCACUCGACUUGGUGGCAGACAGCAUCGUGUUGCAGUUGAUCAGGAGCUUCUCUGAGAAAUACCGACUGCAGGCUGGGACGUGUGGGACGGGUGGCAAUGGGAGCAGUAGCAGCAGUCUGAGGAGGGUUCAUACCACACCCAACACUAUGACCAACCUAGUCAUGCCUAGUGCACCAGGUCCUAGCGAGUGCCUCAUCUGCUCUGAGCUCGCUCUUCUUGUGCUCUUCUCCCCGUGCCAGCACAGCGUCGCCUGCGAGGAAUGCGCUCACAGAAUGAAGAAAUGCAUCAAAUGCCAGGUCACUAUCACAAAGAAAAUCCGACAAGACCAGACAGAGGUAGACAGCAGUCCAAACUCGGAGAGCUCGGAGCAGCACAACCUGCUGGAGCAGCUGCAGUCGCGCUACAAGCAGAUGGAGGAGCGCAUCACUUGCCCCAUCUGUAUCGACAACCACAUCAAGCUCGUGUUCCAGUGCGGCCACGCCUCCUGUAUAGAGUGCAGCAUCGCCCUCAAGACCUGCCCCAUUUGCCGCCAGAGCAUCCGCGAACGUAUCCAGCUCUUUGUCUGAUGUGUGCAAACCCGCUCAUUCAUACACACAUACAGCACACACACUUAAGAGUGUGUCCCGGCUUACUGUUAGAUGGCAAAGUAGGGGUGAGGGGGGGGGAAUGGGGCAGGGUACUGUAUAUGCAGGGAGAUGUACAGUAGGAUGAUGCUGUAUUUAUCAGACUUUUUUUUAUCAUCAUUGUGCAGAUACAAGAAGCCAGGCCCACUAGUGUAGACUGCACCAUUCCUCUUUCUUUCUUUUUUUUCUUUUGUGUUGAUCAAAAAACCCAAAUGGGACGUUCUUCAAAAAAGAGAUUCCAGACACCGAUUCUCUGGUUCAUCAUCCGUAAACAAACACCAGUCACUUCCACUGCGACUCAUCAACUUUCUGUGAGAUUUCCUUUAUCACUAUUAUUAUUAUUAUUAUUAUUGUUUAUAAUUUGCUGACUCACUGUAGCGCUGUGAUGUUUACAGACUGACAAUAUUGUUCUCUGUGAAAAACAAAACCCAUAAAACCUCUCCAUCCAUGGAUGUAAAACCAUUACAGUUCGAUGCACAGCGGUGGAGGAAGGUGAGCCAUUUUGUAAGGCGUACAAGACUGCAGCUUUAAGUUUCCCACUGAACUAUAGCACCUCUCUCGGCCCCUCCUAGCAGACCCUGAAAAGCUUUCCACAAGCGAAAGGAUAUACAGUGCAUGCUGAUAUGCAUAUUACCUAUAUGAUAUAUUGUGACAUGGAUUACAUUUGUGGUGUUCUAAGGCAAUCAGUCUUUUUCUUUUUUUUUUUGUGUGUGUGAAGGCAUCAUACAUCCUCGAGGUCAAAUGAAGGGAACUCGAGCAAGAAAAUCCGCGGCGAUACGUUAUUUUAUUCGUUAUGUUCAAAGGAGGCAUAACUCGUGAAAAAAUAAAAUAAAUCAAAGGUCA